AUGGCAAAUGUGGACACAUCAAUCGGCGCCCGUGCCACGGGUGCCGCAGCCGACUUCGCAGCAAAACACUCGGAAGAGCACCCAUUGAAGCUCUACGGCGGCUGGUUCUGCCCCUUUGUCCAGCGAUCAUGGAUCGUCCUCCACGAAAAACAGAUUCCCCACCAGUACAUCGAGAUCAACCCGUACAAGAAGGACCCUGACUUCCUCAAGAUGAACCCUCGGGGGCUGGUCCCGACCCUGGCCGUCCCUGUGGAUGUGAAGGGCAACGAGCAACGACCGCUCUACGACAGCAUUGUGGUUUCCGAGUACCUUGAGGAAGCAUACGCCGGGAACAACUAUGGACCACAUCUUCUCCCGGAGGCGGCGUAUGAUCGCGCGAGAUGCAGGCUGUGGAUCGAUCACAUCAACUCUCGCGUCGUGCCGGCAUUUUACAAAUUUAUUCAACACACUCCAGAAAAGGAAUACAGUAUUGAAAAAGCACGUGAGGAGUUCUUGGGUCACAUCAAGACAUUUACUGCACAAAUGGAUCCCGAAGGUCCCUGGUUUCUGGGCAAGACGUUCAGUCUCGUGGAUGUGAUGAUAGCCCCUUGGGCCAUGCGCCUGUUCCUAUUCGAUCAUUACAAGCCAGGAGGACUUGGCAUCCCCUCUGAAGGGGAGGGUGGCGAUGAUGAGGCGGUAUGGAAGAGGUGGAGGCAAUGGUACGAUGCUAUCAAGGAGAGGCAAAGCAUAAAGGAUACGCUUAGUGACGGGGAUGCCUAUAUUGAGGUGUACAAGCGGUACGCCGAGGACAGGACCAACUCGGGGGUGGGACAGGCAACAAGAGGUGGAGGAAAGCUGCCUUGA